GCUUGCGACCUCUCGCGACGGAUGCAAUCUUCUAUUGGGUUGACGAACGCGUAUAUUUGCUCGAACGAUUGUUCAAGACGUUGACCCUCUUUCUACAAUUUUUUCUCGAUGGUGUCAGAUAUCGUUUCAUAAUCACUGUGUAUCUUGCUUCGAAUUUUUAUUUCGUUUAUUAUUCUCGUUUUAUUUUAAUAUUUUCUUAUUUUUAUUUGUUUUUUCUUAAUUUUCAAUUUUGUUGAUGUUCGUUUGAUAAUGCAAGAUGUGAAUUGGAUCAAGUAAAAUGAAGAAAUUGACGCAAGCGCCAAAGGGGGUGGCAUACGCCGCGCCCCUGCUUCGAGACUGGUAAAUUUCACCAAAACAAACCAGUGAGCAUGGAUGCUAGGAACGAGUAGCUGUUAGAGAUUCAUCGUUCUUCUCUUUCCCUUUACAUCAUUCAUCGAUAGCGAUUUAGUCAACAUGAGUCCUGGACUUGGACACGAUCCUCUUCCCUCGUAUAAUAUCACCGCAUUAGGUAACACGGCAUUGUGUUUGUGGCAACAACCGCAGCAUAUAUUAUUUCAAUUGGCGAAUUUUUGUUUUGCGUUGUCAUAUUCGGCGCCCUCCUCUAGAAAAGGGAUAUUAUUCAUGCAUUCUGUUUUAAUAAUAGGUUUUAUGUUAUUAUCUGGUUGGGCAUGGCACGUGAUUUGCGCACCGGAUAUUUUCUCUUGGAAUUUUAGUUUCUUGGUGCUAAAUAUCGGUCAGUUGGUUUAUAUCGUUUAUCAAAUGAGACCGGUCCGUUUCGACCCUGAAUUAGAGGAAGCGUAUCAUACGCUUUUCUAUCCCUUUAAAGUAUCUCGGCUGCAAUUUAAAAGAUUGGUAUCUCCAGAAUUUGCAUCGAUAAUGUCUUUGCACGCUGGUGAAGCGUACGCAAUGCAAAAUUUAACGCGUACCGACAGAUUGGGAUUAUUGCUGAGCGGCAAAGUGAAUGUUCUUAGUGAUUCGAAUUUCUUACAUCCUAUUCUGCCUUGCGAAUUUUUAGAUUCACCGGAAUUCGAAAGUUCUCGAGCAUCUGUCGAUGACAAAUUUAAGGUGACGAUUGUUGCCGCAAGUUCGUGCAGAUAUUUAUAUUGGCAAAGAUCUGCAUUGGAAUAUCUUUUAGUAAAGGAGGCAUAUCUCGCGACAGUUUUAACAACACUGGUUGCCAGAGACAUUGCGACAAAAUUGUACGCUAUGAACAAUAAGAUUGUUACAGAUAAAGGAUCACAUUUGGAUAUAAGACUUCCAACGAUCAGUGCAGGAUUAACGAUAAGCAGCGAAUAUAGAAGUCCAAGAGCAUCCAGACAAGCAUUGAUUCGCAGAAAAGAAUCAUCUUUGUCUUCCGAUAAUGGUAUUUCUAAUUUAAAAGAUCGUCCAGCAAAUAAUCUGUCGAAGAAAGGAGUACCAAAUAUGGAGCCGCUUCCGGAAAUGCCAUCUUGUGACGAUUUGGCAUCCAGUGGUGUAGAAAGUUGGUUAGAUUCAUCGAGCAAGUAUCACAGUUGCGAAAUUGUGGACGAAGAAUAGCAGGAAGCUUCCUUAACGCCGGACACAUUUUACGAAGAAGACAGCGAUUAGUGUCCGCGUUAAGGUAUUGCAUAUUGUAAGAUGAACACUCUAGUAUUUUUAACAAAAAUUAUACAGAAACAAUAAUUCGAUCUUUAUGAAAGAAAAAAACUCUUUUUUAAAUUAUCCAAAAAUUAUUCAAAAGUGCUGUUUAUUGUGUCUUUCUGAUCUGAUGAACGAUACGAACGAACAAAUCAAUUAAUUUGACAAACGAAAUGUUUUUCACUUAUAAAAUCUUGAAAUCUUUUCAUAACAUGUUCAAAGAAAUAUCGUUUCAUUUGCACAAAUAUAGCUUGAAACAAAUAAAUUAUAUUUUACUUCAUAUAACGAUAUACAAUUAUACUAAGUAGAUAAAACUAUUUAAAGACGUAGUAUGGAAAAAAAAAUCAUAGAUAGCCUAAGUGAAUGAACACCAAGUGGAAUAAAGAUAUAAUCUCUAAUUCGUAAAACGAACGGAUCCUAUAAUGUUUACUCGAACAAUAAAAGUGGGUCUACAUUUACUGUAUAUCAAAUCAUGUGGAUGGAAAGUGUUGCCUAUUAAAAUAUAAUACGUUAAGAUACACCCACCUUAAGACGCAUCGAAAUCUCAGGUGUAGUGUUCAAAAAUGCAUUUUUAUGAAAUUUAUGAAAUUUAAUAAAUUGACGUACGUGUUAUAAUUUCAUUUAUUUUUAAAAUGAAUUUUCAAGAAGCGUUUUCACGUAAAUUUUUUAAAUUUCAAAUAUAUGUAAGUUACAAUUUUGAGAAAUAAUAUUAAGAUACCGCGAAUAUGGAUGUAACUAUCGUGAUAUUAAUUAACAACUUCGUUAAUCCAUAAUGGGUGGCUACACAAUUAACAUAACGAUCAAAACUAACUACAGUUCUACACGUUAAUUGCGUUUAAGUGCUUAUUAUACAAUAAGAUAUUUAAAGAUAAAUUAUUAUUAUUUAAUUAUAUCGCGCGAUAAAGAUUGAGAGUUUAUAACUGUUCCUUAGAUAAAUGCACGAAUUAUUUUAUAAACAAAAUUUUCUACUAAUUAGGAGCUUUCGUAGAUCACUGUACAAACCGUUUGUUUUUGUCUAUCAUUAAUGUAUGUUGUAUAAUAUGGUGAAUAUUUUUUAUAGGAGAUAUUUGUUUGCGAAAUUCAUAUACACAUAUAGCUAGAAUUUUAUAGCGAUUUUAAAGUGUAAUUGUACGUAUUGCACACACACACAUAUAUAUAUAUAUAUAUAUAUAUAUAUAUAUAUUAUAUAUGAUAUUAUAUAUAUAUAUAAAACAGGUGGAAAAUGUUGAUACAAGUUGUUGCAAUUAAGAUUAAGCGAUUAUACAUAUAUACAAGGAUAAAUGCACGAAGGGCUUCGUAUUUUAUAAUGCACAAAUUUAUAUAGAAUGCAUAAGUGCAAUUGUAUACAAUUGUAUACAAUCCUAUAUAAGAAAGAUAUUUUAUUUAUCUUUAAUGUAUUCUUUUUAAAUAUUUAAAAUUUUCUUUUUCAUUGCAUUUUAUCGUUCGAUAAAGAAUUUUUUUUUAGGAUUUUGUUAAGAUUUUUAUAUUUUCUUUCAAAUUCUACGAGAUUACUAUUGAAGGUACUAUUUAUUGUGAAUUUUUGAUUAAAAAUAUUUACUCAAUUUUAUAAUAUCUGCGUGUUUGUAAUUUAUAUGCUAAACUAUAUAAAUAAUUAAUAAGAGCAGGGUCUGAUGUAUAUAUACAUUGUUAACUUUGCACACAACGUAGCAUCACACUGAUGGCAAUAUGGAGGAACGAUCGAUAUGAUCGAGAUAGUUUGUAGUAUUUAAAUACGUGUUUUGUACAAAUUUUAAUUACUGUUUUCUUGUUGUCAAUGAAUACAAUGAAUGAGAACGAAAAUUUGUAAUGGUUAUUUAUCGUCAUUGAUCAUUCAUCCGUCAAUCUUUUGUUCUUAAUUAAAAAAAUGUACGUAGUUAAUCUGAAAAAAAAUAAUUGCAUCGAAAUUAAGUUUUUAACUAACACGAUUAGUAAAAAUUAUCUAUUUCACUUUUACAAUGUUUUUUUUAAUGUUUCUAUAAGAAAUAGAAUUUCUAAAAGUCAUCGUCACGUUCAUUAAUUACUAGAUAAUAUAACAAUGAGAAAUAUUUAUUAUUUUAUUGGAUCAUAAUAUUUUAUUUAAUAAUUUUUAUUCUAUAUUAUAGCUACUUUAUAUAUAUUGAUUUUUUUAUAUUUCCAAAUGCAAUAAAUUGCAACAUACAUACAUUCUUCGGCCGAAUCGAAUAAAAACAAGUGAAAAUAACAAAUUAUUAUCAUUUGUUUACAAAAAUUUAUUCACUUGGAGAAGAUUAAAUAGAUUGACAAAAAUGAUGAUAGGUAAUUAAUAUUUUCAUUAUCUUUUCUCUUUAUUUUGUCCGAUAAUGUAUCAUUAUUUAGUUUAACUUUUUAGUUUAAUUAUUUUUCUAGUUUAACUAUUGUUAAAAUAUCUUGAAAUAGCAGAAAUAAUUGAAACCGAUCUCAAGCGGAAGAAAAUUUAUCUUAGUAUACGAAAUAUAUCGGUUGAGCCAUCUGUAAAUGUACUACCAAUGGAAUUUAUUGAAAUAGCUCAAUUACAGCAUCUUCGAUUUUACGAAUAUCGGCAGAAAAUUUGCGGUUCAUUGCACAUUUUAUUAUCCAUCUGUUGAAACAUUUAUCAGAUAUGCAAUUUAUCUUUCUAUUUCUCGAUAUAAUCCUACCAAUUUUUAAUUAUGAAUAAUGAAUUAUAACAAUAUUUCAGAUAAAUAUAUUAAUUGUGAUAUAUAAAAUAAUCGAUAUAUCGUAUUGAUUAUAAUUUUUUAUUAAGAUAAAAAUAUGUUUUAUUUGGUACGUUUUCGGAUAGAAUGGUUAUCUAACUAAAAAAUGAAAUAGAAUUUUAAAAGGAUUUAUAUAACAGAUCGAUUUUAUGAAAUGAAACAAUAAAACUGACAACAAGAAUAAUUUAUUGCUUACAGAA